GAGAGUAUUCGAGCACGAGUCAGUGCGCCGUCCAGCUUCACUCACCCUCCCUUCGGUUCUCCAAGCCUAAUGCGAGUAAUUGCUCCUUCCGGCUCUUGGCGUUGCUGAAAGGCCCCUGCUGAAGCAUUCAUUGCUGGUAGUAACCAUGCAUGCUGUAGGUGCGGCGGGAUUUCCGCCUGCUGCUGCGUGCUUGUGCGCGCCAAAUCAGUUUUGGAUUCGACAUGCAAUCAUGGCUGCAGAUGCUGUCCUCCUAAGUGGCGGUGGUCUCGCCGCCACCGCUCUCUCGAGAUUGUCUUCGCCUUGCGCUUCACACUACGUCGCCCACCCUCCAGGCGACUGCUCGCCUGUGUCGCUCGCUGUUCGUCAAACGGUCAAUUGCUGCGAUUCCGCGAGCUGCUGCGAUGCCACAGGCGCGUCCUCGUCGCCAUGCGACCGUUGUGAGACUUCGCACGGCCAAUUCUGCGAGUUUCCUGCUAUGGAGCGGCUAAGACACGGCGUUUCCUCGCUGCGAGGCAAAAUCGGUCAGCUCGGUUACCGUCGUUAUCGCCACGUUUUCGCGAACGUCGCGAGGGAUGAUUCGCGACCGUCAGCCCAGCGAAGACCAGGCCGACAACGAGGAACUUGGAGUCGCGACGCCGCUUCUUUCUCCGGCUCUUGCGGCGUGACUCGCGGAGAGAGAAGCCUUAGCUACGCGGCGCGGGGCUACCAGAGCGCGGCGGCUAUGGCGGUGAUGGACGAGGCGCGGGAGGAGGCGGCGGAGGAGGAAUGGCGGCGGACGGUGCAGGAAAAGACGGUUCUGUCGUGCACCACGUUCAACGUGCUCGCUCCGAUUUACAAGAGGAUGGGCGUCGAGAGUGAGAGGGAGAGCGAGUGCCAGCACGUGUGGCGGAAGCGCAAUCAGGAGAUCAUUCAGACGCUGCUCGGCACCAAGUCGUCCAUCCUCUGCUUGCAGGAGUGUUGGCUGGCAAAUCCGGAGUGGGUGGACAUGUACGACCAAGCGUUACAAGGCGCUGGUUACCAGCUCCUCAAGCUGCCUCGCACAAACGCCAGGGGUGAUGGCUUAAUGAUGGCAGUGAAAGCGUCCGAGUGGGCGGUGGUAGACCACCACCCGCUGUGCUUCAACGACUGUGGCGACCGGGUGGCACAGAUCGUCCGACUCCGGGCGAGGAGGGGAGGAGGGGAAGAGGGGGAGGAGGAUGGAGGAGAGGAGGGGGAAGCAGAGCGAGGCGAGGAGGUGCUGGUGGCGAACACGCACCUGCUGUUUCCGCACAACGCCAGCUCGAGCAUUGUGCGGCUGUGCCAGGUGUACAAGCUGCUGGAGAGGAUCGAUGGGUACCGGGAGGAGCACAGCGCAGGGGCGCUGCCAAUCAUCCUGUGCGGGGACCUGAAUGGCACGAAGCAGGGCAACGUGUACAAGCUGCUGAAAUCGCACGGCUUCAUCUCCACGUUUGACUCGGCUCACCACCACAGCGACGAGGACGAGCAGUGGGUGAGCCACCGCAACCACCAUGGCAAUCUGUGUGGAGUCGACUACGUGUGGGUCUUGAACCCCGAGCAGCACCGACGCACGCUCGCAGUCAACUGGCGGACGACGGUCUUCGGCCUUAUCAGGUCCAAGCUCGCUUCGGCCGGCAUCACCAACGUGGAAGCUGCGUUUGACUUCUUUUUUAGGGGAGGGGAGGAGCUGGAGGGGGGGAAACAAGAGCAGGAAGAUUUGGAGGGGCCUGCUGGUUUCACCAUGGGCGAUUUCCGGAGGGGUCUAGACCGACUGGGCUUGACUGGCGUUGACUCCAUCGGGCUGACAAGCAUUGAGGUGGAAGAGCUUAUGCGGUCAGCUGACUGCCAGGGGAGAGGGCGCGUUGACUUGGAAGACUUCAAGGCUCUUUUUGACCAACCCACCUGGGACGACACUGUAGCAGCUCUCAGGCAGUCUCUUGCCACGUCAUGCUCUGCUGACUCACUCGCAGUACCUGCUGACUCAACCAGUGCAGGUGCUGCUGACAUCCGCAGAACAAACUCUGACAUCAGCAUGGCCUCGUCUGACAUCAGCAUCGCUUCGUCUGACAUCAGCAGCACUAUCCCUGGUCAGCAGGGUUCAGCCCACAAUCCUUCCCUCAGCUCUCAACGCCUAUCCUCUCCCCUCCUACAGUGUCCCCUUUCCCCACAACCAUCACCACCCUCCUCCCCCUCGUCCCUCCUCUCUCCGUUCCCAUCUCCCUCACCCUCCAAUUCAUCUGCUGUCUCACUCCUCUCACCUUCCCCGCUCCCUCACUCCCUCCUCCACACUCACACUCACUCUCUCCCAGUCAUGACUUGCUCCUUCACUCCUACCACCUCCUCCCUCACUCCUCCCACUCACUCCCACCACGCCUUCCCAUCUACCGAACCUUCUGCGCGAUUUCCACACCUGCAUCAAUUCAGCCAUCUCCCGCUCUUCAGGUCCGGCAUGUCCGACCCUAUCACAGUUUUUUCACAUGCUGUAUCUGCUGCAGCGAGGGGGCAGUCCUUCCAGCAGCACCAACUGCAGCACCAGCACCACCAGAACCAGCAGCAGCAGCAGCAGCAGGAAAUGGAGGCAGAGUGCAAGCGGUUACGGAAGAAAAUGGGCUUAUCCGGGUGUACAGCAGGCAGAGGUGACUGUACAGGAUGUGGCUUUAACAAGGCUGUCGCCCUUCAAGCUGGAGGGAAGACUGAGGGGAGGACGAAGCAGACGCAGUUGGUUGACGGGAAGGCAGGAGGGAAGAGCGGUACGGAGCGACGGAAGCCAGCAACGCUGCCAGGUGCAUUGAAUCUGGACGUGCUGCAGGCGACGCUGUUCCCCAGCGCUAUGGAGGAGGGCGUGUGGCCGGAAGACUACACCAUUUCUGAUCAUGCUCUGCUCACCGUCCGAUUUGGGCGCACGUGACCAUGAACCUUCCGGGAGUAUGUACUGGAUGGAACGCUGUCGCAUGGUUCACAUGGUUCGCAUGCAACACAUGAAUCUGGGAGGGUGGUGUGGUUUGGCCAAACGAGGGGGGUCCCAGGAGGUGGUCGACGUGGCACUAGUUGUUUGUGAAGGCUAAAAGUUUUGCGUGAGGUGCGGGACGGCAUUCGUGUGGGAGUUGGGAAGUUUGAGUGAAAUUUUACAAGCAGCUAGGCUUGGUUGAGCUUCUCUCCCGACAAGUUUUGCGUGUGCUAAAUCAGCAUUUGGGCAGCCGAAAAGUGAUGGAGUGGCUGAAAAGGAAAUCCCGUGAAACAAUUGGGAUGCAGCACGAUCAAUCUGGAUGAAGGGAAAGGGAUUCAAUUCAAGUAUCAGAUCGUAGCAGAUGACAGCCAGAUCGUCAUUUAGAGUCCAAGAUCGUCGAAGCUUAGCCAGUUAGUACACCGUAGUUAUAUCGUGCAGCUGUUCGUAAUUCCGCAGCUAUAAUCUCGCCUCAGCUCAUGAGCGAUGUAGCGUUUGAAGCGUGCUUCGGAUCCUAACACCGUAGCGGUUUUUAUUUAUCGUCAUUCAGAUCGUUGUGCCAUGGCUGCUCGUAGUGGCGCAUAGUAUCGACGUCGGCAGGUUGUAGGAUUCAAUCGUGUGUUCGCGAAACCUCGUUUUUUCGCCAGACUUCUUCCAAGGCGCGACUGCCCGACUUACCCCACCAGCUUUCUAGCA